GGUAGCUUGCUCGCUUAGUGCACUAACACAGUGCCACAGUCGGCAUCGACCGCAGUUAGAGAUAUCCUUCUACAGGUAGUGGAUGGUCUUUAUUGUCUUUAUUGUUCUAUACCGUUCAUUGUGUAUAAGUAAUUAUUUUUAUAUAAAAAACCAAGUUUAUUGUUUAUUGCUAUAGUGUGUUUAUAUGUGUCAAGCUACUUACUUUCGAAGCCCGUUUUCCACGUGUCCGUAUUUCGUGCACUGACGUUGAUGGCCGACACAGCCAUCACCGGACGGGGUCGACGACGCGAUUUCGACCGCCGCAGCCCACACGAUACCGAUCGUCGCAGCCGACACGAUACGGAUCGCCGCAGUCGACACAAUACCGAUCGCCGCAGCCGACCCGACACCGAUCGUCGCAGCCGACACGACACCGACCUCCGCGAACUGUCUUCGAACUACGACAUCCGCAUACAUAGUGAACAUAACAAUAAUUCCACUUCAAAACCUGACAUUCUUCAAAGAAGUGGAUGCUACCAAUAUCGUCGAAGUUAUAAUCAAAAGGUUUCAUUCAAACCAUACAACUAUGGUGAUAAAACUAUUUGUAAAAACUGGGGUAAUGAAACCGGCUUCGUUCAAAAUCAGUUGGAUGUUGAAUUUUCAAAACAUAAUGGAUCAUCCAGAAAUAAUAUUCAUCAAAGGAAUGGUAGCCGUGGUGGUCUUAGCAACUUAAAAAACUCAUCUUACGCCGUAAAAGAAAGUAUAACUGGUUGGUAUUCAAUAAUUGUGACAAAUGCUGAAGAAUUUGAUGAAGCAUUGGACAAAAUUAAAAUCCAUAUCUCACCAGUAUUAUUUUAUCCAUACAAUAAACAAUCUUCUGAUAACUCAUUAAGAUUUCUUGUUGAUGAUUAUAAAGUUGCUAUAGCAUUGCACAAUACUAGCCGUAAGAUAUUACAAAGAGAUGAUCAAAAACUAACUAUAAAGGUCCUACCAUAUUUACCUAAACGAAGUCUUAUAUCAUUCACACCAAUAUCCAGAGAAGCAAGAGAGAAAAUGAUGAAGGCCAUGGUGAUUCGUUACAAUUCUAGUACCAAGAUUUUGGAUUUAUCUCAAUUUUAUGCUUGUCCACUGUUUACCAAUGAUCAACUUUUUGUACCAUUAAAUCGACCAGCCGUUCUUUUGGCAGCACUCAAUAUGGCUGCCCAAUAUACCAAGCAUGACUUGUAUUGUUUGAAUCUUGCCAACAAUUGCAUAUAUUUAGGUGAAGGGCUUAUAUGGAUACGUAGAUUGUUCCCUGAAUUGAAAGUGUUAGAUUUAGCUGGUAACAAAUUGUCUGAUUUAAAUGAACUAAGGAGUCUCUUUGGUUAUACAAUUGAUGUGCUCAAUUUGUCCAGAAAUCCAGUAUGCAAUUCAAUGGACAAAGAGUGUUACAGACGGGAUGUACAAAAAUUAUUUCCUAUGUUAAUCAAGUUGGAUAACUUAAAUUUACCUUCUUUGGCCAAUGUUAGUCCUAAGUGGAAAAUGCCAGUCAACCUGGGAAAUAGUUACCCAAUACUACAGUAUAGCUGUAACUUAAUACAAUCAAAUCCAUUAAUGACUUUAGUAGAAUUAUUCCUAAAAAAAUUCUAUGAACAGUAUGACGAUAAAAUAUCAAGGCAAAUGGUAUUGGAAGUAUAUCAUGAAAAUGCCACAUUUUCACUGUCCAGUUGUUUACUAAAAAACUGUAACCCUGGUAAUCUGGCGGAUUACACGCCAAAUAGUCAAAAUUUGUUGAUAUCCGGCCUGAACAAAAAUAAAAAUAGUUUUGUACACAAGGGUAAAGCAAAUAUAAUAAGCAUUUUUGAAAAGUUACCCAAAACCAAACACGACUUUGGUUCGUUCAUAAUUGAUGUACCAUUUGCAAGUUCUACAAUAAUUCAAGUUAUAGUGAACGGUGUGUUUGCGGAGGAAUUUAAUGAAAACCACAAUUAUCAAGUAUUUCGAUCAUUUAGUAGAAUAUUCUGUUUAGUGCCAGCUGUAAAUGGUUGGAUUAUUUUAAGUGACAUGAUGUUUGUAACAUUAGUCACCUCCGAGUUGGCGGCAGAAUCAACAAAGCGAUUCUAUAUUUUUGAGCCAACGAUAGCAAAUAAUACAUAUAAUAGAGACAGUUUACAAACAAAAAUAGAGGAUACAUUGCCUGACGUAUUGUCGACUUUAGGUUUCAAGACAACCAUACCCAACUGUUCACCAUCGACAUCUUUUUUGUCUAAACAACUCUCUCCGUUUUCAUCGCCUAAGAAUGCACAGCAAACAUCAGAUUGUCAAACUGAUUUUCAGACAUCUAUCAUACAGAACUUGCAAUCAUCUCACCAACAACAGACAGCACCAACAGUUGGUAUCCUAUUUAACUCUCAACAGUUAAAUGCAUCAUGUCCCAUGUCCAAUCCUAAAUUAUCAUUUCCUAUACCCAACACAAAACUAAUAGAGUCACAAAAUUCUACAACAUCAACCAAAAUGCAUUUAAAUUCCACCAAAAAUCAUAUUGGCAAUUCUAAUAACGAAUUGUUAAUGAUUAAGAGGUUUUCAAAUGAGUCAGGAAUGAACAAUAAAUGGUCAAAAAAGUGCUUAGUCGAAAAUAAUUGGGAUUUCGCCAAAGCUACAUUGUGCUAUUUACAACUAAAAUCUAAUAUUCCUCCAAUAGCAUAUAAACACUAAUGAAGAUUAAAUUAUUAUUUUAUGUGUUAUAUUGUAUAAAGAA